AUCAUGUCGCCUGAUAGAAGCACAGUGUAACGUCGAGCUCCAUUUAAUCGCAUUUAAUUGGAGAAGAAAAUGAUGUCCAUUGAUUUGCCUUUCCAAUUUUUGGCAACUUCCAAGGAAGGUGGAGCGUCGUCCCCUUUUCGCGAAAGACUGACAACGGUGUACACGAUCGAUGGAACAACCAUACGGAUACGUAGGAAUCUCAUCUUACACGUAUUUUCUCUAUGGUUGGGUAACGAGACAACAUUCGACGUAAUGGUGCGCUCGCAGGAGAUCCCGAGAAUCGCCCGUUACCUGCAACAAAAAGACUUACAAUAUAACGUGGUGAUCGAGGAUCUACAGAAGAAAAUCGACGAGGAGAAUCCCCUGCCGUCCGAAGAAGAAAUGCAGGAGAUGGAGGGUCGUUUUGGUCAUCGAAUGGAAUGGAGCAGCUACCAUCGACUCGAAGAUAUAUACACCUAUCUCGAUUAUCUGGCUGAAACCUUCCCAGCUGUGUGUUCUGUCGUCAGCAUUGGAAACUCCGUCGAAGGGAGACCCCUCAAGGUGUUGAGAAUCAGCAACGGCAAGCCGAACGCCCCCGCAUUGUGGAUCGACGGAGGUAUUCACGCGAGAGAAUGGAUCUCGCCAGCAUCAGUGACCUACAUCAUCGAUCAUCUGGUCGAAAACAGCGACAGCCUCGAGGCUGAUUAUUACAUCCUCCCGGUGGCUAAUCCUGAUGGCUACGAAUACACUUUCACGAGAGAUCGUCUGUGGAGAAAGAACAGGAGGCACACGAUUGGCAGUUCUUGCACUGGCGUCGAUCUCAACAGAAACUUUGGCUACCGAUGGGGUGGCAUGGGGACCAGCAAAGAUCCCUGUCGCGAGAUUUACGCUGGUUCUGGACCAUUCUCCGAACCUGAGACCAACGCUAUCAAGAACUUCUUCGAAGCUAGCGCAGCUAACUUCAAGGCGUAUUUAACGUUCCACAGUUAUGGCCAGUUCAUCCUGUACCCAUGGGGUUACGAUAGAAGGGUUCCACCGGAUUACGCGGACCUCGAAAGGGUUGGCAGAGAGGUAUCCACGGCGAUGAAGAAAGCCGGCGGCGCGAACAGCGCUUACACGGUUGGGAACAGCGCCACGACGUUGUACGCAGCUUCCGGUGGCUCCGACGACUGGGCUAAAGCUAUUCUGAAGAUAAAGUACACGUACACGAUCGAGUUGAGGGACACCGGGAAAUACGGUUUCGUUUUGCCAUCGCGCUACAUCAUUCCAACGGCGAAGGAAGCUUUGGCAGCGGUGAUGGUCGUCACGGAAGCUUGCAAAUCAUUGUAA